AUGAAUAAUAAAAAUGUUUCCUUACUUGCUAUAUCUCAAAAGAUUAGAGAAGAAGAGGAGAUCAAGAAAAAAACUAAUCCAAAACAUAAGUUAGAUGCUCUAAGGGCUGAAGAACAGGAACUUAUAGCUGCUGUUCAAAAAUCUUACAAUGCACCUCUAGUUGCAGUUCAUGAGUUAGCAAAAGGUAUAGUUUAUGAUGGAAGAAUGAAAACGUCUUGGAGACCACCACCUAAAUAUGCAGUUUUAACUCCAGCUGAAUGCAGCAAUUUGAGAUCUCAACUUCUUAUAGAUGUAAAUGGAGUUGAUAUACCUCCACCUAUUAUGUCUUUCAAGGAUAUGGGUUUUCCAAAAGGUUUGAUUGAUGCUUUAAAUGCAAAGGGAAUAAUGAAACCAACCCAAAUCCAAAUGCAAGGUUUACCAGUAAUUUUAUCUGGUAGAGAUAUGAUUGGUAUAGCUUUUACAGGAAGUGGUAAGACAAUUGUAUUCACUCUUCCAAUGGUUAUGUAUUCACUUGAGUCUGAACUAAAACUACACUUCAUGGGUAUGGAGGGUCCUGAUGGCCUUAUUUUAUGCCCCUCUCGUGAACUAGCAUUGCAGACAACAAGUAUUAUAGAACACUUUGUAUCUUUCCUAAGUAAGAGUAAAAUAAAUAGGCCAGGUACAUUAAAACGAAAUAGAGAAUGGGAAUAUAGUGAGAAGGAGAAAUCAAAUAGUGAUGGGAAUGUUGAGGAUUAUAAUAGAACAUAUUAUCCAUUAUUAAAUGUAAUUUGUCUAAUAGGAGGUGAAAGUGCUCGUGAAAAACAGAAUAUAAUUCAGAGACAAGGAGUUCAUAUGAUUGUUGCAACUCCAGGUAGACUUGCAGAUAUGCUCAGGAAAAAAAAAGUCACACUAUAUCAGUGUAGAUAUUUUUGUAUGGAUGAAGCAGAUCGUUUAACUGAGGCAGGAUUUGAAGAAGCAGUAAGAUAUAUUUUUGAUAAUUUUCAUGAAAGGCGUCAAACAGUUCUAUUUUCUGCAACUAUGCCCCAGAAGACUCAAGAGUUCACUAGAACUGCACUUGUAGAUCCUAUAGUUGUCAAUGUAGGACGAGCUGGAGCUACAACUCUCAACGUAUUACAAGAGCUUGAAUAUGUAAGACAAGAGUGUAGACUUCCUCAUAUAUUACAAAGUCUUCAAAAGACAGCUCCUAGAGUAUUAAUAUUUUGUGAAAACAAGAAGGAUGUAGAUGAGAUCCAUGAAUAUUUGCUACUAAAAGGAGUGAAAGCUGCAGCUAUUCAUAGUGGUUUAUCUCAAGAACAACGUAGGGAUUCUGUAGAGCAAUUUCGAUUGGGUCUAAAGGAUGUCUUAAUUGGGACAGAUGUAGCAUCCAAAGGACUAGAUUUCCCCAAUAUUCAUCAUGUCAUAAACUAUGAUAUGCCUAAGGAGAUUGAAAAUUAUGUACAUCGUAUAGGCCGUACUGGUAGAGGUGAUUCUGUCGGUGUUUCUACAACUUUUAUUGAUAAUUCCCUACCUGAAACUUUAUUGUGUGACUUAAAAGCUUUACUUAUAGAAGCUAAGCAAAUUAUUCCACCAUUUCUAGAGAAAUUGGAAGCUACUGAUAAUUCGUUGCUAGAAAUUGGAGGAAUAAGAGGUUGUGCAUUUUGUGGGGGUCUUGGGCAUCGUAUAGGACAAUGUCCAAAAUUAGCAGAAGCACAGCGAAGAACACAGACAGCAAAUUCAAAAGAUGCUUUAACUUUAGGAUCUAGGUAUAGUCAAAGCUGUAGGGAUGAUUGGUAA